AUGUCUACCAACGACACUGAAACUUCCAACCCUUUAGAUAAUUGGAAACGAGAAUUCAACCAAUUGUUAAUGCUGACAAUGAACCAAAUGAGAAGCCAACUUUUGAAACAAAUUGAUGAAAAGUUUGACGCAUUUAACCAACAAGAUAUCAAACAGGUAGUUUUAGAAGCAAUGCAAGAUGUUGCUUCAGUUUUGCAAUCCAAGUGUGCUGAAUAUAGCAAGCAAGCUGGUGAUGUUGGAUCCACUCAAGUAAAAGAAAAAGUUGAGAUCCAACAAACUGAUCAACACGAAACUAAAGGAUUUGCCAAUGUUUCAAAACUUAAUCAGAAUGUUAAUGAUGAAGAUUGCGCUGAAAUUGGAAAUAAUGAAGCCAGUAUUGAAGCACGUCUUAAAUCAGAAAUUAAGCAUUUAGAAUCGGCUAGCAAUGAAUUGAGACAAAGCAAAACGCAAACAGUGUAA